AUGUGUCAGACCUCAUGUGUUAAGUUCAUAUGUUACACCUUAUGCCCAUAUUUUAAACAUGCCAAUCCACACCCUACAUCUCCGUUCACGCAACACCCACUUCACCCACACUUCACCCACUACGCCCACACUCCACCCACACUCCACCCACACUCCACCCACUUCACCCACACUCCACCCACUACGCCCACACUCCACUCACACCACCCACACUUCACCCACACCGCCCACACUCCACCCACACCUCUUGUAUCACCCACUCCACCCACUCAGCUUACACUUCACCCCACACCACCUGCUUCACCCACUUCUCCCAAACCACCCACACUUCACCCACACUCCACCCACACUCCACCCACUACGCCCACACUCCACCCACACUCCACCCACACCGCCCACACUCCACCCACACUACAGCCACACUCCACCCACUUCACCCACACCCUUGGUAUUACCUACUUCACCGGCCAAAAAUGA